AACCAGGUCCAUCCCAAGCCGACCCCCUGAAGGUCUGGUUUCUCAGAGCCUUCCUCAGAGAAGGGCAUGGCAUCGAACAGCAUCUUCGAUUCCUUCCCGACCUACUCGCCAACCUUCAUCCGCGACCCGAGCACCAGCCGCCGCUUCACACCUCCCUCCACGGCCUUCCCCUGCGGCGGCGGCGGCGGCAGCGGCGGCGGCGGCGGCGGCAAGAUGGGCGAGAACAGCGGCGCGCUGAGCGCGCAGGCGGCUGUGGGGCCCGGCGGGCGCACCCGGCCGGAGGUGCGCUCGAUGGUGGACGUGCUGGCGGACCACGCGGGCGAGCUCGUGCGCACCGACAGCCCCAACUUCCUCUGCUCCGUGCUGCCCUCGCACUGGCGCUGCAACAAGACGCUACCCGUCGCGUUCAAGGUGGUGGCGCUAGGGGACGUGCCGGAUGGGACGGUGGUGACGGUGAUGGCAGGCAAUGACGAGAACUACUCUGCUGAACUGCGCAACGCCUCGGCGGUCAUGAAGAACCAGGUGGCUAGGUUCAACGACCUUCGCUUCGUGGGCCGCAGUGGGCGAGGGAAGAGUUUCACAUUGACCAUCACCGUAUUCACCAACCCCACCCAAGUGGCCACCUACCACCGAGCCAUCAAGGUGACCGUGGAUGGACCCCGGGAACCCAGACGGCACCGGCAGAAGCUAGAGGACCAGACCAAGGCGUUCCCCGACCGCUUCGGGGACCUGGAACGACUGCGCAUGCGCGUGACGCCCAGCGCGCCCAGCCCCCGCGGCUCCAUCAGCACCGCCAGCCACUUCAGCAGCCAGGCCCAGACCCCCAUCCAAGGCACCUCAGACCUGAACCCUUUCUCCGACCCCCGCCAGUUCGACCGCUCCUUCCCGGCGCUGCAGACCUUCACCGAGAGCCGCUUCCCCGACCCCAGGAUGCAUUACCCGGGGGCCAUGUCGGCCGCCUUCCCCUACAGCGCCACGCCGUCGGGCAGCCUCAGCGUGGCCAGUGUGCCGGCCGCCAGCCGCUUCCACCACACCUACCUCCCGCCGCCCUACCCGGGGGCCCCGCAGAACCAGAGCGGGCCUUUCCAGGCCAACCCGUCCCCCUACCACCUCUACUACGGCGCGUCCUCCGGCUCCUACCAGUUCUCCAUGGUGGCCGGCGGCAGCGGCGGGGGCGACCGCUCCCCCACCCGCAUGCUGGCCUCCUGCACCAGCAGUGCUCCCGUGGCCGCCGGCCACCUCAUGAACCCCAGCCUGGGCGGCCAGAGCGACAGCGCGGAGGCGGAUGGCAGCCACAGCAACUCCCCCACCGCCCUGAGCACGCCGGGCCGCAUGGACGAGGCCGUGUGGCGGCCCUACUGACCGCCCGGGUCAGAGCCGACCGCGCCCGACGGAGGCAAGGACCCCACGAACCCUCCCAUCAAACGGCUGGCCCGGCUCGGAGGCUCCGGACACGAAUGAGACUUCGGCUCCAGGCCAGUGGCGGGCCCGGGGUCCACGAGUCCUGGGCUCAGAGCUGGCGAGCGGCUCCGAAGAGGGUCUAGUCCAGCCACGUCGUUGUACAGAUAGGUGGGGACCUCCCUCAGGUCACCGCCCCCCGGCCCAGAUCCUCAUCAUCUCACCCCACAUGGGGAAAGUCCCCUGCCACUCCCCCAGGAACGACCUAGCUGUCCCCAGGUAUGCUCGGUGCUGGCCUAGGGCCCAGGGCCCCCCGGGGCAGAGACCACCUCUGUUCCAGACAGAGGUGACAUUUGCCCACAUGGCUUGGCCUCUUACCCAUGGGGCCCUGGAAAGACCGCCUCAUUCCACCCCCACCUUCCUCAGAGACCCCCACCCCAUGGGCCCAGCCCCCACUCCACAUUCAUCAUACAAACUGAGUCAGAACUGGAAGGCCUCCCCGCGCCUGAGAGGGUCGCUCCUCAUUGUAUAGAUGGGGAGGGGAACCAUCCAGAGGCCCCAGGAAGUCGCUGGCAGAGAUGAGAUGAAGAUACCCCCAAGCCGGCUCCCCGCCCGGCUCUGUUUCCCUACGAUUCCUACCAGCUCAAAGCCACCCCCCGCUGUCCCAGCCAUCUGUGGGUCCCAGGCCCCAGAGUAGACUAGCCAGUGGUAGCAGGUCCCUAAAAUCAGGAAAGACAUCUGUGGUCAGGUCCUCCAUGCACUUUACCAGCCCAAGGCGUUCACCCCCUGUUCUCCUGGUGGAGGGCCAGGGAUUUCCCUCCUCCCCUCUAGGCUGAUCUCAAAAUUGCCAUUUUUGGAGAGAGCACAGGGGCCAGAAAGGUCCUAGCAGAAGACAUUGGGGUUUGAGGUCAUGGGGCCUGAUCUCGGCAUCCUGUCCCACACAGGUCCAGCCGCGCAGUGUGCGUCCCCCACCCCCAGCCUGGUGGGCAGGCCCGGCCAGAGCCUCCGACAGCCUUCCAUCCUUGACUAGUCUGUGCUCCGGAAGCAGUCCUGAGCAGAAACCAGUUUUUAAAGCUGAUUUUAGAAAAAGAAGCAUCAAAUGUUUUCAGACACAUUGCCUGUUACAGGUAAAGCCCUGUCGUAGUGAAAAAUAUCCCCUCUGUCCUGAGAGCGUGGGACUGUGAGGCCUCCACACCUGCCCCGGAGGCCACGCUCCUCCAGCAGGCAUCCCACCAACUUCCACCAAAGGCCCGCAUUGGUGGGGACCAGAGGGAAAGCCAGGCGAUGCUGGAAAUCACAUCUGUGCCUCUUAGACACCUGUCCCAGAGGAUGUGUCGGCUGUGCUGGCGCUGGCAGACAGGAGAGCCCUGGGGGUGCCCAGCAGCCUCAGCGCAGCACCCCGUGCUCGGGGGUGAAGCAUCGCCCCUUUUGUUCGCAAAUGGGGAAGCGUCAGGUUCAAGCCGCCUAGAUCCUCGGGUCUGAGUUUACUCCUAAAAAGGCGUCAGUGGAAAAGGACAAGAAAACUCUUCAGGGCUAGACAGCGUGUGGUUUUUAGUCAGUUUCAGCCACAUCCUCUGUGGAUGUGACAGUCUCCCCUCCUUAGUUGUCGUCUCCGUAAUAGCUCUUGGCCUGCCCUCCUGCCCCCAGCCUGUAACAGCAGCCGGAUGAUGCACACCGGAUACACACUCCGGCGAGUUAGGAAGUCCUUCUGGGGAUCUCGCUCAGACCUCUGCUGCUGCAGUUUCUCUCGUCCUGUCCUCACUGGAAAAAGCAGUCUCCCAUCUCUUCGUAAUAGCUGCGGGGGGUGUCCUGCUGACUCCCUACACCCGGGGGGCUCUCCACCCCUUCUCAGGAAGCAGCUACAAACCCACUAUCCUUGGACCUCGUCCCUUCCUGUUCUCUGUGGUUGCAGACCGGCCCCCCUGGGCCCAUGUGGGAGGCACCCUGGGGUUCCCAACGCCCAGCACUUUGUAGCCCCAGUCUGGAAUACCAGCCCUUCCUGAUGGCCAAGCCGUGGCAGGGGCAGAGACAGGAAAUAAGUUGAUCCCCCCCUUCCGCCCCCUGAUGAAAAGUGACGAUAGCCAUGCCGAGUCCGAUUUUAAGGCCCAUAGUGGGUACAGAGAGCCUGGGCUGCUAAAAAUGGGUCCUUAUUUACAAGGCUGCUUUAAAGUUGUAUCAGGCAAACACACUGACUGAGAAAGCACAAGGAAACUGAGGGGUUUUGAUACCAUGUUACUGUAAGCCUGUGGUGGCGGGUACAGAUCCUUUGUGACAUAUUGUCAUGUCGAGGUAUUAAUGCCUGCCACACACCUAUCUUCAGUAAAUCCGUCCCAGAGCUGGGAAGAGGGUGGGGAGGGGGAAACUGCUUUGCACUAUAAUUUGCUUAAUGUGUUUGUUUUCAAUGCACAACUUGCUUGUACAGUAAACUGUCUGUCUUCUGUACUAUUUAACUGUAAAA